AUGAACUGCCUGAGCAGAGGAGGCUGCUAUCUGGUGAACUCCUUCUGUGAUCUUCAGGAGGACAACCAGUGGAAGAGAGAGAGCUACGAAGCCUGCUGGCUGGGCCUGGUUCUCGAAACAAGACCUCAGUACAGGCUGACCCUCUCAGAGACAGACAGCAGUCGGAGAGAGAGUUACAAGCAGCAACAGGUAGCCCACUUCAUGGUGGAGAGGAGCCCCAGUCAGAUGUUGAGGCUGGGCGGCACCAGUGGAGCCAUGACCGAGCACCAACUACCCCUCUUCCGCACCAGAAAGGACCUGCAGCAUGCCCCAGCCACCUUUGAGCGCACAGUGCAGCCAAUCCUACCAGGAAAGGAGAAUAAAGGAGCAGAUGAAGAGAAAAUGAGCUCAGAAACUCCGAACCUCAACAAGCCAGUCAGAGUGGACUACAGAGCCUCGAGUCUGAUGUCGUCUCCAAGGGAGAUCUCUCAUCGCAUACAGAGGAGGGAGUGAAGCAGAGAGGUGGAGGGAAAUUUAAACUGCAGUUCAGAAAACAUAACAUAGCCUCAGAGGCACAAUGGUUUCAGAAAUAGUGAAAAAAAAUCCUA